ACAUUUGCCCACCGCUGAGCUCAAUGAAAGCCAUUAUUUUGCCGUGACCUUGGGCCCCAAGGGAAGUGCCCAUCUCUUCCUUUAAACAGUUCCGGCCCUGCUCCGGCCCUGCUCUGCUUACCUGUCACGCACCACGUCAGCACAGGAACCACCCCCCGCACAGCCAGAGCAAACCGAUUUGAGAAUGUCAGAUUCAUCGGAUACACGGACUGUUCCCGAUUACGCGCUGAAAUACACGCUCAAGGGGCAUAGGAUGGGCGUCUCAUCCGUGAAGUUUAGUCCUGAUGGCGCAUGGCUCGCGAGCUGCUGUAUGUGUGCUUUCUCAACGCUAUCGUUUUGGCCACUGUGGGUAGUCUAACAAGUAGAUAGCGGCCGACCAAACGAUUAAGAUAUGGCAUGCAAAAACUGGAAAAUACGAGCAAACAUUGGAAGGGCACAUGGCAGGCAUAUCGGAUAUCGACUGGGCACCGGACUCCCUCACCUUAGUUUCCGGUUCCGAUGAUAAGACCCUCCGUCUUUGGGAUGUUGCUAGCGUAUAGCCUCUGGGUCUAGCAAUUGAUUGUGUUGGCUGACCAGUCAUUCCUAGGGGAAAAUGCUCAGACUUCUCCGUGGCCAUCAUAAUGCGGUGUAUACUGUCGCCUUCUCGCCCCGCGGUAACAUCGUGGCCUCCGGCUCCUAUGAUGAGGCUGUUCGUCUGUGGGAUAUCCGUUCGGGAAAGUGCAUGAAAACCUUACCUGCGCAUGGAGAUCCGGUUUCUGGCGUCCAUUUCAAUCGUGAUGGGACAAUGAUCGUCUCUUGCUCUCACGAUGGGUUGAUACGGAUUUGGGAUGUUACUACUGGCCAGUGCCUUCGAACGUUGGUCGAGGAAGAUAAUGCACCUGUCAUGGCUGUCAAGUUUUCACCUAAUGGGAAAUAUCUCCUAGCUGGGACCAAGGAUAGCUGUGUCCGGUUAUGGGACUACCACCGUGGUAAAUGCCUUAAAACCUACAUGGGGCACAAGAAUGAAAAGUACAGUAUAUUUUCAACAUUCAUAAUUGCUAAUGGCAGUUGUUUUGUGUAAGGAGUCAUCCUCUCGCAGUUUUUGGUCUUGGUGCGCGUGGAGAAAUGCUGAUGAUUGAUUCCCAGAAUGGCCGGGUCGGAAAACUCGGAUGUCUUCAUUUGGGACAUUCAGACUAAGGAGAUUGUUCAUCUUCUAGUGGGCCAUCCAGAUGUGGUUUUGGGAGUUGACUCACACCCGACGGAGAAAAUAGUUGCUAGUUGUGGGCUGGACGGAACAGUGAUGGUUUGGAUGGAUUCUGCAGAGGGAUCGGAUGGAUGAGCAUACCGUGUUCUGUAAAGGCGAAUGGGAGUAUUGAUGUACUAGGGCUCUCUAGUUUUACCCGUGAUAAUCCAUUCCAGUACUCUUUUUAGUGAAUGGGGCUUUCUCUAGAACAGUACGCUACGGCAUUACUCAUGUUGUCGGAUUGCUCUGCCAGUCCCUACUAUGGAAUCGCUCAUCCUCGGAUAUUUCAGCCAAUAAACUAUGUUGGAAAGCUUAAUUUGCACUCUAGUGUGAAAGCAGAACCCGAAGAACCGGGACUGCUUCAACUGUACAAGUAUGACAAGCAGCCAACAGCCUGACCAACAAACCAAAAAUUACAUGACGAAGAGAGUUUGAGAUGCCACAGGGCCUUGGAUCUGCUGCCUGUAUUCCAAUCCUAAAGAGAGUGGUAAUUUUGGCAUUGAAUUGGCGUGCCGGAA